CAAGGUCGUAUUUUGACGCGCCAGUAUCAACACUGGAAAAUGUCUAGGUCGGUUUCUCCACAGGUUAGGGCUCUGGUGGAUCGGAUUAUUAGAGUUGAUCAUGCAGGAGAGUUAGGUGCCAAUAGGAUAUACCAAGGACAGCUCAUGGUACUUGGGAAAUCGAGUAUAGGCCCUAAAAUAAAGGAAAUGCAUGAUCAAGAAGUGGAACAUUUGAAAAAAUUCCAGGAACUUAUUCCUAUUCAUAGAGUUAGGCCUACAUUACUUUUGCCUUUGUGGAGCAUUGCUGGGUUUACACUAGGUGUGGGAAGUGCGCUUUUGGGUUCGAAAUGUGCUAUGGCCUGUACCGUUGCUGUUGAGUCAGUGAUUUCUGAACACUACAACAAUCAAAUUCGUGAGCUUGUUGAAAGUGACCCUGAAACCUAUCAAGAAUUGCUGCAGACACUAGCCCAGUUUCGGGAUGAAGAAAUGGAGCAUCAUGAUACAGGCCUUGAACAUGAUGCUGAACAGGCUCCUUUCUAUAAUAUCAUGUCUCAAAUAAUUAAAGCGGGUUGUCGAGCAAGUAUUUUUUUGGCUGAACGUAUAUGAUAAGAAAAUCAGUUUCAAUACUAGCUACUUUGUACAUUUAUUAAUGGUUACUCUCUAAAUUAUGUGUUCUCACUUAAUCACGUGUAAUGUAAAUUUUUCUAUAGAUUUUGAUUCUUCCGUAAUAUUUUGGUUUAUUUAUAUGCAUUACAACUGUUUGCCAUCGUUUUUUAUUGGUAGGGAGUUCAAUUUAACCUUAAGAAGAUUCAUGAAUAAUUGUACGUUGGUUUUUGUCAUUAAAGACCUCAUAAACCAUUCAUCAUUACGUUGUGUGAAUUAUAUUAAUCAAAUCAAAUAUCCGAACCAAAUAAUUCAGCUGUAAUUAAAUACUUCACUUAGUUUUCAGCCGAAAACUGUUAUUUAUUAUUAAUUGAAGCUAAACCGAU